GGAUUAAAUAACAAUUCCGGCGGCAUUUAGGGUGCUGGCGCGUCCAAGCCUAAUCCCGGAUUAUUUUGUUCCCAUUGGAGUUUCGCGUGUUAUCUCGUUAGUUGUUGAGUUCUUAUCUAUCACUUUGUUGCAUUCCAAAUUUAUUAAGAACUUUUGUUUAUUCAUUUGCGUACUAACUCCAGAAGUUGACGUACUAGAAAGUAUUUUUAUUUUAAUACCAGCUUCCAACUUAGGGAAAUGUUUGAGUUUUUUUUGUGAGGUUGUCAGGAAAUUGGAAAGUCCAUUACUUCAUGUGCUUUGUUUGUGCCUGGCUUAUGGUCAUAUGGCAGUUAUUAUUUAGUGGAGCCAUCUUUAUCAUCUAGGGUAUUUUAGUCUACCUACUCUACCGUCUAGCUACUCAAGGCUCUUUGGAGCAUGUAGCGCUAUACAUAAACAAAUUGGUAAGUGAACAAGUUAGGUUUGUGUAGUUUGUUGAAUCUUACGGGUGACUAUAUUUACAAUCUUCAUAUACAUGAAUGGUGGUCGUCAGGUCUUAUAUUUCCUUAGUGAGUACAAAUAGAAUCUUUAAGCGGUUUCAAGGGCAGUAUAACUCACUUCUUUAAUGUGAUCCCCUGUAGUAUAUUUUAUGCGGGUUGUAGGAUCUGUGAAUCAAGAAUAAAAGUUGGAAAUCCUGGGUCUCUAUUUACGCGAUUUAUCUGUCAUUUUUGUUGCCUUUUUGGGUUCCAUCAUCCUACUCUUCAACCUUUACCAUUCUUAGCUUCACAUUUCAUCGUUUACGCACAUAAGGUUUUGUCAACUUCAUCUCGUACCAGGCAAAGAACGAGUACUCUUUGCAGCACUGUGCUCUGCUGUACUUUUUGUGUAUAAACCAUGUAGAUUAGGAAUGAUGAAUAUUUGUAAGUUAUUGGUAUCUAGUCAUAGUUUUUGUCAAAGCGUCGCCUGCUUACUUUCGAACCACCAAAUGAGCUGUAGUGAAGUUAGGGAUAGGGUAAAAGGUAAAUUUAAAGAUUUGGUUAGUCAGUUAAUGAGUCUUCCAUUGAUGUAAUCAAGACAUGUGUUACGUGUACUCAACCACCACGUUAGUGUAGGAAUAAAUUGAAAAAAGCUAGGGGUGGCCAGGCCAAAAUAUGGCAUCCGUCCAUGAUUUCAGGAACUGGGCCAAGCUCGCAGAUAAAGAUUGCCUGGUUGGGGUCCAUGAGAUUAUCGCAACCAGUGUUUGGAGAUGCUGUGCAUGGUUUAAAAUCGUUCUCGAUGGCAUAGGUAUAUUCACUUUUUGUCUUCCCUUAGAGUCUGAGUCCCGAAAUCUCCGAAUAAUUUUCUCAUUUCUAUUCCUAAUCUUUUCUACUGCUCCUACUGUUACUGGUUUUAAUUCUCUCGGAUGUCUUGGUAAUUUUGUCUCGCUGCUAAUAAAGUGUGACAACUCGGACCAGUAAAUAUAUGACUGAACAAGACAUAUCAGUCAGCUACAAAGUAGGACCACGCGCAUACGUGCAUUGGUCCAAGUUGCUAUACCUCAUUAGCACAACAUGAUGAACACCGAAUUCAUAGUAGUUAAUUCAAUGGUGGUAAUAUAUAAAAGAAAGAUUGUAUAUAAGGACAUAGUACAGGAAGAAAGAAUUAGUUCAUAGAAAGAAAGAUAUGAAGCGAUUUUUAUCUCACGGUUUGAGGGAACACAGAAAGUGUAUACACCAACGCCAUUGUGAUCGAUUCUGAGUCAUGUCACUUGUCAAUGUACUUCCGAAACAAUUAUAUUACGAAACUAUCUUAUUGGCCAUUAAGUCCGACCGUUUUGCGCCACUUACUCCGAAGUUCGAAGUCUGCUUCAGUUAAGGAAACUAUGUAGUGUCACUAGCUCACACCUAGUGUUUCUUGUGCUUAAAUAUCUGGUAAAUGACUUAAUUUGUCAUAUUUACUUCGUAACUGUAAUCACUGCUUUGAAUGUAGGAAAAAGUUAGCUUAUAUGUACUGAGUCACAAAUGUAUCGUUGCUUGUGUGUGUUUGAAUAAUUCACCAGAAGGCACUCAUUAAACACAAGAAGUAUUUCUACUUUUAUUGAGAUGGAAGUGAACUUAGUUUAGCAAAGUGAUGCUUGACUAAUGGCAGGCAAUUUUGAUUGUAGAGUAAAAUAUGAAAGGCCAAACAGUAUUUUAAUUCAUCAGAUGUGAUACUAAAUGCUUCAAAGUAGGGAUUCAAAAAUGGCACGAUUAGGCUUGUUAAGUCGAAAAAUACGGAGCUUUGGACUGAUGGGUCUAAAGUUUGGUAACACACUGAAGGUCAUUUCGCAAAAGCAUCUCAGGUAGGGACAACAGUCACUACUUAUCAUUAAAGUUAAAUAACAUCCCAUCUGUCUAUUCUUUUACAAUUUCUGCAAUGGCGUGCUGUCAACAGCACUGAAGAAAGUAAGUGAUAGUGGUGGUAAUGUCACUUGGGAAAAGUUUCUUUUUAGCCUUGAGUAUAUUGAUAAUACUGUCUUGUCGUACGGUCACAUAAUGGCUACUCAGAUUGUAUGUCAGCUGGUGAAUACACGUAAUUAUGGAACAUUCUUCAGAAGGUGUGAUGAGUUUAUCGAACAAGUUCAUCAGACUUAGGAAUUAACAAAAUAUUAGUCGCAUACUUAAUAAUUCAGCAAGUAACCAUGAUUCUGUUUAUUCUUUCUAUAUAAUAAUGUGAAUAAUGUCUAUUUGAAGCAAUAAUCUGAAUGCAAUUCUAUAGUGACACUUCUCGUUCUUAGUUUUUAAACCCAUAUGUUAGCGCUACUGAACUAUAUUUGAGAUGAUUAAAACAUUGACCGUUUUAUCAUCUGAGUUGUAUUCUUUUAAUAUUAUCCUGAUUAUUACUACCACAUGCCUUUCGUUCCUUCACAACAUCGUUUCGUUUUAUAUGGCACAUUUUGGUGGUGAUCUUAUAUCAAGCUCUCACUUUGUAAACAAAUUUAUGGUGCUUACAUCAUUGUUCUCACCUUUUGUAUAUUUUAAUAUUAUGAUGGUUUGAUUCCAUGUGUAUGCUCUUCAAAUUAGCUGUUUUUAAACGCGGACUCUGUAGCAUGAUAUUCUGAAUGGCACUACAGGUAAUACCAGGUAGCAGUCUUCUCCAUACUGUAAAAUGCUGGUUAAGCGUAAAUGUAUUUUUCGUGGUUUUGUUUUAACGUUGUCUUUUGUAGAUUGAUUUGAUAAAAAUAUAUUUUGACGUCCUGUUAUUUAAUAAUGUCAGCUAAAAAUUUCGCUUCCAAAGAAAAAUUAUUCAAAAUCUUAAAAGAAUUUCAAGCACGGUUCAAUUCUCCGUUCCGACUCGCUGAAGCGACUAAAUGGUGUGAAAGCUACUUCCUACGUGAGGGUGGUAACGUCGAAACUGUUGGCGUGUUUUUAGAAUUUAUCCUGAGUUUGGGAUUCGUUUAUCAGGUUGAGCAAAACAUGUUCUUUUCCAGAUACUAUUUUAAUGUGAAAAGGAUUGAGGAGUUUUUUAGCACCUUUUGCAGAUUGACAGAUGGAAGUUCCACAGAAGGCAAAAGUCAGCUAAAAAGUGCUGAUGAGUCCGGUAUCCGAUCUCUCGGUAAUUCUCAAGAAGAUGUAUUUGAAAAUAAUAGCUGUUGUAAAUCUGUCUUAACCAAUACAAAAUCUCAUUUAUGGUUCGAAGAGAUAAUUAGACGUUUGUCCUGCGUGAUGGAAACAAAUAGAAAUGAGCUGAUGUCAAUAAUGAAAUCGUCGAACAUUGAUUCAUCUACCUCAUCACUGCCUAAUGAUUUUUCAAUAGAUAUGGGUACUGCGGCUUACACAAACAGUAUAGCGUUAGAAAAUUGGCAUAAUUGCUUAAAGAAUUCAACUGGGAAAUUAGUCAGUCGUGUGGCUAUUACUUGUCUAGAUGCAUUGUCCAAAUGGCCAAAUAAUAUCGGUCAUCAAUCAAAAGUUUGUGAAAGAAAACGUCUACCAAGUUCACUUCUAUCCAUUACUAUUUCCCAUUUGGAAAACUUUCAACAUUGCUGCAUCCCAAAGACAGCAGAAUUACUUCUGGAUUAUAUUUUUUGCAGCUUUCCAGAUGCGAAACUUUUAGCGACGAUGAAUAGUCUUCUUAAAGGUUGGAUUAAUUCCGCUUCAAGUAACGUCAAUGACUUAAAGCCGUUUGAAAAGACAUAUUCUUCUAAUGUGAUAAGUUCACAUGGUGGUGAUAAAAAUAAUCUCCAAAAUAUUUCACUCCCACCUUUAACUACAUCUUUAAGGGAUACAAACAAUUCGCAUAAAAAAGUUAAUGGACAUUCAUUAUCUAAAGCUUUUACACAUGACGACAACUCAUUCACUGAAUACCAUCCUAUUUCACCGAUUGUAAACUGUCUAAGAUUUGAUGUAAAGGCAUCUGAUCCUGGUCACAACUGUGAAAAUUUAAGUAGUAUGUUAAUUCAAACGGGGAAAUCAAGAAGUCACAGUGUUCCUGAAACAGUUCAUCAUGAGUUGCAUCACCUCAACGGAUAUAACACAAUCAAUCAUCAAAGAGAUUCUGGUAAAUCUAACAAUGAUCGUAAUUUGCCUACUACCUCAUAUACUCAACAUUCGGAUCGCUGUGCAUAUUGUUUAUCUAAUCGGAUACCCAGUGAUCCAAUAUCGUCUAUCCAACACCAUUGGCCGAUCAUAGAAAGUUAUGAUUUAGCUCUUGCUUGUCAACUAGUUUUACUUUUUUUACCACCUGUAAUGUUUUCCCGGUUAAAAAUAAUGGUUGAUUUAUUGCGUCGAGUUCUAUCAAAUCAUGAACGCUUAGCUUCGUGGUUGGUAAACUAUGGUUCACGUGAAAAUAUUGAAAAUAAGUCUGAAAACAUUUUACCAUCCGAUACUCUAUCAUCGUUGGAAAUUACAUUGCAUGUGAUUGUAAAACGCUUCGGCCCACUACUUUUACGUGUAUCAAGUGAUUCCGCUGUCAACAAAACAACUUCACGGAUUCGUUGGAGAGAAUGUCUUCUUUGUUUGUUACUUUGUGACCCGGAAAACUUCCUCUUAACAUCACCCAAUAGUUUACAGUCUUGUCUACGAUCUGUAAAUAAUGUUAAUAAUACGACAAGCGAUAAUAUUAAGCCAGAACAAGAAAAUAUUCGACACAUUGAAGAGCUUAUUGGAUUAGAUGGUUUCAAGUCACAGGGUUCAAGAAAGUCCGGAUUUGCUCGCUCAUCAUCGUCAUCAUCUUUACCAGCAUUUAUUCCACCAAUCAGAUCAGCAUCCAGUAUUAGUUUAGAUGGUAGAUUGUCAAAAUCAAUUGGAUCACAAGAUAAUCUAAUCAAAUUUGCAUCAACUCCUACAAAAAAUGGUAGAAGUAGCAGUUUACAAAACUCUCCACGUCCUACUUUUAGUUGUCGUCGUAUAUUUGAUGAAAGUAAUUUAGAUAUUGCAAAUCUAAGUAUAAAAUCACAUUCUACACUUUUUAUCAGUGAAGAGUCUUCCGGUCGGUUUGGUCGUUCCGGGAAUUGGAGUGUAGAAAAUUCUGUGAUUGGUUUAAAUUCAAGUAUAUUUUUUCAGUCCGAUCUAGAUCCAAAACGAUUAGCUGCAUUAGGUAAUACAGCUCAUUUGAUCAAGCUUUUAAAUCAGAUUCUCAACGACCGUGACAUGAAUCCACGUAGAAAAAUGAAAUGUCUUCAAGAUUUUCGCAAAUCUCAUCCAGAUGUGUAUUGGUUACGCUUUGGUACUGAAGAAAGAGCAUCCAACUAUUUAUCCCGUUUACAACGUCGUAUCGAUUCACAAACUCAACCUAGUGUUUUUGAGCGGAUUACAAAUGCACUACGUCGUCGACUUCAGAGUCCCGUCAAGCAACAGGAUUAGCAUCAGGACAGCUCUUGUACUUUGUAUUUCAAAUGUUCCAUGUAAACAUGUGAGAAAUUUAUUCGACCGCUACUUUUCUUGUAAAUGGUCGUAUAUAUCGUCUAAUAUUUUUUAAUCAGAUUAUAGAUCACUAUUUUUC